GCGCACAGGUUACUUACUGUCCAUUGGAACUAAAACAAGAAAAAUGGAGAACGAUCGUCUGCCGACAGUAAAACUUACCAAACGGAAGAUGGUCCAUUACUGGAUUGGGAUGUUCAUUCUUGCUGCUGUUGCCUACAUUCUGCUAUCAAUGGUUCUAACAGAUAUCGCCCAUUUCAAACUUAUUUCUAAACAGCCUCCAUUUUCUAUAUUAAAGGAACCAAAGGAAUUACUUCAUUUCCAAACACAACACAGUACAGACGAUCGACUACCAUUCAUCAUUCGAGAAGAUGACACAUGCAGUAAGGGGCGUGAAGAAACGUUCUUACUUAUUGCAGUCUGUGUUUCCUCGUCUGGUUUUAAACAACGCGAUGCUAUUCGGAACACCUGGGGAUCAAUCGUGCAUAAUAACAAUAAAGUGAAGCUCAUUUUUAUCAUAGGAAACCCGAACGAUACGACAAUUCAACGCGCCAUUUUAAAUGAGAGCAAGCAUUAUCACGAUAUUGUUCAAGAUAACUUUGUGGAUUCAUAUAGAAAUCUUACCUUGAAAUCUAUAUUUAUGUUAAAGUGGACAAGUAAAUUUUGUGUAAAGACAAGUUAUCUUUUAAAGGUUGAUGACGAUAUGUUUGUAAAUGUACCGUACCUUAUCGACUACUUAAACGCCACUCAGAUACGUAAUGCUGUGAUAGGACAAAGAAUCGCGGCAUCAAACCCGAUUCGCAACAAAACUUCAAAAUGGUACACCUCAGAGCAAAUGUAUCGUGACAGGUUUUACCCAUACUACACCAGUGGAACGAGCUACGUCAUUUCCGGUGAUAUUUUGACCAAGUUAUACGAAUCAACAUUCCUCGAACCGUUCUUUUGGCUUGAAGAUGUUUACAUAACUGGUUUAUGCAGAAAAAGGAUAAAAGCUAAUAUCAUUGACAAUUGGGAUUUCUCGUGUCUGUAUCGCCCCCCUCGAGGAUGUUCGUACAAACAUGCAAUAUCUGGUCACAGGAAUACCCCAGAGGAAAUCAUUCAGAUUUGGCUGGAGUUUAACAAUCCAUACAUAAACUGUAGCUCCUAGAUGGCACUGAUGGCAUGGAAUCACCGUCUAUUUAGGAGAUAGCAUGUCUCCUGUAUGGGCGGCGGAAAUAGCAAAAAACCAAAUCAAUGUGAAAAUGAAAACCAAUAGACAAAUCAACAUAUGUUGUGGAAUAAUUAAUGUUAAAACCAAACAAAUACACAUGAAAACUAAACCAAUAGAUACAAAUCCGAAAUAAUUGAUAAACGGAAAUCAAGACACGGUUGCAGUACAAUCAGGAAAUCUAAACCAAUGAACUCACAAUAUGCCUUAUCACAGUAUGCAGUAAUGUCAGGGACCAUGUUUCCACGAGUAGUACUCUCCACUGUCGGAUUUUUCUUCGUCUCGUGUUCUUUUAAAUAAACACGACCCAUUAGAUAUUUAAAUAAUCCAAUAUUGAAACGUUCUCCUAAAUGUUCAAAACAUGUUACCAUUAGGAAUAACGCCAGUUAUGGAAUAGGCCCAGAACCAAUGUUUCAAUGACCUCAUGAAUGUUUAAAAAUAAAUUUCAUUCCUUAAAUAAAGCUUACAGAUAUGGCUGCAUUUUUUUUUUUUUU